AUUAAAUCCCCCCGACCCCUCCUCACUCACCUCUUCACCUCCUCUUCACCUCACUAUGCCCUGAGAGAAAGCCACCAAACUCCAGCCAUGUCCAAGCUCCUCCUCCUCCUCCUCCUCCUAUUCCUCUGCCCCCAAUCCCACGCCCGCUACAGCCUCCCGGAGCCCCGAUCGGAUCUACUCUCCGAUGGGGUCCACCGAUUCGGCACCUCCUCCGCCUACUCACCCAACUUCCUCACCCUCACCCGCCCUACCUUCUCCUUGAAAGCAGAGUCCACCUGCGACGAGACGUACGGAUUCUUACCCUGCACCACCACCAUCCUCGGCAACGCUUUUCUCAUCAUCGUCUACGGCGGUCUCAUGUACUUGGCCGCUACCUACCUCUCUAACGGCAGCGAGCUUCUCCUCGAGAUUCUCGGCCCUGGAAUCAUCGGAGGUCUGUUCCUCCCCAUUCUCGGUGCACUUCCCGAUGCCAUGCUCAUUCUCGUAUCCGGACUUUCUGGGAGUACAGCAACGGCUCAAGAUCAGGUUUCUGUUGGGAUGGGCUUGUUAGCUGGGUCGACUGUAAUGCUCAUCACAGUAGUAUGGGGUUCAUGUGUUAUUAUUGGCAAGUGUGAUAUUGAGAAUGGAAUUGCUGUAGAUAACAGAGAUACUAAAGGCUUUAACUUGACAGGCUCUGGUAUCAGUACUGAUAUCUGGACUAGCUAUUCUGCUAUAAUUAUGGCUGUAUCUUGUAUCCCAUUUAUUAUUGUUCAGUUGCCGCAGCUCCUCAGUUCCACCGUAGCAAGGCAGUGGGCAGUGUUAAUUGGACUAAUUUUCUCUCUAGCAUUAUUGAUCUCGUACUGCUUGUAUCAGGUAUUCCAGCCGUGGAUCCAGAGGAGACGCUUUGCUUAUGCAAAGCACAAGCAUGUUAUAUCAGGACUUCUAAAACAUUUAAGGAUGCGUGCAUUGGGAAAGCUCCUUGAUGAUAGUGGUGAACUUGAUAGAGACAUUGUAACAAAGUUAUUUAAGACAAUUGAUAUGGACGGAGAUGAACAUCUUUCACACACCGAGUUGAGAGCAUUAAUGGUUGGAAUCCGGUUUGAUGAAAUAGAGUUGGAUAAGGAUGAUGCUAUAGAUAAAGUGUUGAAAGAUUUUGACACUUCUCUUGAUCGUAAAAUAUCGCUUGAUGAGUUCAUAGUUGGUGUCAGAAAAUGGAUUAACGAGGCAAAACGUGCAGGACGCCCCACUUCUAACUCUGAUCGUCACACUAUGAAAAUUUUAGAUGACUUCCAUGAGCAAACAAAGAUAGAGCAUGAUCUUGUGGGGGUGGAUGAAGAUCAAAGCGAUGAGGUUGUCGAGGGUGUUGAUAAUCCCAGGAGGACCUCUAUCAAAGCGGGAUUGAUGUUGCUGGCUGGAACUCUUAUUGCGGCUGCGUUUGCUGACCCACUGGUAGAUGCUGUUGAUAAUUUCUCAGAUGCCACAGGCAUUCCGACUUUCUUCAUUUCUUUCAUAGCAUUGCCACUGGCUACUAAUUCUAGUGAGGCUGUGUCCGCAAUUAUCUUUGCUAGCCGUAAAAAGAAGAGGACUGCCUCGCUAACAUUUUCUGAGUUGUAUGGUGCAGUAACCAUGAAUAACGUCCUCUGCCUAUCAGUAUUUUUGGCCCUGGUUUACGUAAGGGGGUUAACAUGGGACUUCUCAGCUGAAGUCCUCGUCAUUGUUAUCGUUUGCGUUGUGAUGGGUGUUUUUGGCAGUUUACGCACCACCUUCCCUCUUUGGACAACUUCCAUCGCUUACGUACUUUACCCACUCUCCCUGGUACUGGUUUACGUUCUGGAUUAUAUCUUUGGCUGGUCAUAAACUCUGGACAUCAUAUGGAUUCAUAGGUUGCUCAUAGACUCGCAUGGAUUCAUAGAUUGCUCAUAGUUUACGUUCUGUUGGUUUCUUAUGAUUUCUAGUCUUGAAUAAUUUUACCGUUGUGAGUAGGCACAUUUGCAUCCAAUUUUCUCAAUACUGUAUGUAAACGGCUCAUUUAGACAUUUUAUAUUUGGUCUAUGGGUUCUCUAUUCUCCAUCUGAUCAGAGUAAUACAGAAAAGCGUUGUUUGCA